AUGGCAGCCGACCUGUAUAUGGAUGAGUGUCUGUCGGAGCCCUGUAAACACGGAGGAACAUGUGAGGACCAGCCGGGUUCCUACUACUGCCACUGCCAACAGGGCUUCAUGGGACAAGACUGUGAAAUAGAACAGGACAGGUGUGAGUCCAGCCCCUGUUUGAACGGCGGUGUGUGUUGGGGAUCCAGGAACAACUACCUGUGUGUGUGUAAAGAAGGAUUCUUGGGGGACCACUGCCAGUCAUUGGAGAAUCCCUGUGUACUGCAGCCGUGUGGGAACAGAGGCCUCUGCCAUAGCGACAGGAAAGGGAACUACAGCUGUGCUUGCAAAGUGGGUCACACAGGCAAGGACUGUGAGAGAGACCUGUUGCCUCCCUCUGGUCUGCAUGUACUACGGGUGGAGGAGGAUGAGGUGGUGCUGCGCUGGGACCUGCCGGACCCCUCCUCUCAGAGCCUGGUCAGUGGGUUCGCUGUGACCUACGCCCCUCUGGAUCUCCUGGGCCGCGGCAGUGGGACCAGGAAGACUGACUUCCUGGACAAGAAGCAGUCCACCUAUCAGCUGCAGGGCCUGGAGCCUGGUCUGCUUUACAACAUCUCUACCUUCUCAGUGAAACGAAACACCAACGGCAACGAUAUCAGCCAGCCAGCCAUCGCUCUCAUACGCACCAGGCCACGGCGGGUGGAUCAGCUGCAGGUAGUCAACGUGUCGUCCUCCCAGGUAUGGCUGAGGUGGCUGGUUCAGGCUGCUCGUCAUGCUACUGUCAGCCAGGUGCGCCUUUCCCUGGUCUCCUGGGACGGUAGUGGAGUUGGCACCGCUCUGCUCAACACCAGCACAAUGGAAUAUGCCUUCAGCUCUCUGCUCCCUGGUCAGAUGUACACGGUGGAUGUUCUAACUCAGAGUGGGAUCGGACCAGACGAGUCACCAUCCACCAGUCACUCUGCUGGACCGCUGCAAGUCUGGACCAGACCCCUCCCCCCUCAGAACCUGUCUCUGUCCCAUGUGACUUCCAACUCUGCCCUGGUGACGUGGGAUCCCCAUCCCAGGAACCUGCCAGACGGCUUCGUGGUCAAUGUGACGCGAGGCCUGAGCACCCGGAGUCGUUUCCUACCCAAUGGGAAGUUAGAGACGUAUACACUGAGAGAGCUUUCUCCGGGACAACACUACCACCUAGUCCUCAUGGCUGUUAGGAACACAGGACAGGAACACAUACACAGUGUACCACAACACCUGGCCUUCACCACAUUCUGA